AUGUCAAGAAAAGUUGCUCCCAUUUUGCUGCGCGGUUUACGCCACCGCGAUUGUGGGUUGCAGUCAGUAAACCAACCCUUUGUAUAUUUCAGUGGUUCAAGUUGGAACAAGAAACAGGUCGAGAAGAUUGAAAAGAAAUUCACAGAACCAACGCAAAAUGUGGAUUCAGAUGAAGACCUUCAGCAAAUGUGGAAACAAAUGGAGAGCCGUGUGACAAAGAGACGACCUAGAACGCUACAGGACACGAAAGGUAAGACGGGCAGAGAGAACAUUCGCAAGACCGACGAAGAAAUGUGGUUGCAGGAAGGCCUUUAUCCAGACCAAGAAAAGCCAGAUACAAAGUAG